UAUCAAUUCAUAUUAACGAUCAUAAAAAAAUUGUGACUGAGGCUUGAAUGUAAUUAUUGUAUGUUUGAUUUUGUAAUAUUACUAUGUGGUCUCAUUAUUACAUUUUUUUAUAUCAUUAAUUAUCAUUUGACUUUCUUACCAUAUGGAUACUUUUAUUUACACCCAGAAGGCAUACUACUAAAAUCAGUGGGGCAAACACCGGGGAGCGUUUGCCAGAGUUUUAUUGAAAUUCAAAUAAAAGUACAUAAGAAAUGAAUUUGGGGGGGGGGGGGGGGGGGCAGACCAAAACCUCUCUCAAAUUCAUACCUCUAAAAAUACAUGGAAACCGAGACCUCUAAAAAUACAUGGAAACCGAGAAAACAAGAUCAGCGUAAUAGCUCUUCUUAUCCUCUUUAGGUAGAUGUCCAACCCAAUCAAACAAAACUAUUUGGACCGAAGUAUAUCACUGACCCGCCAGGAAAUGGGCCGUCCCAUUUCCUUAUCUGAAAACAUGUCCAAAUGAACAGCCCUUCCGAGUCGCCUUCUUUCUGAAAUUUCGAACCCUAGCAUAGUUUCCUGAAUCGUCUCUGAUGAUAGUCAACGAUUGAGUAGCAUCAGUCUCCACUUAAUUAUCACCAAACCUGUCCUCCAGCGCCAUCGCAGUAGCAAACAUCAGAGCAUUCAAUUCAGUUUCCUCACUAGAACUCGCAUGGACAUGGAAGCAAACAGCUCAGAUCAAUUCACCAGAUCGAUUCCUAAGUAUAGCUCCACAUGUCGCCAUCCCAGGUGGAGGAACACGGGGAAAACAAUCCAACCAAAUAUGAUCUGUGGUGUCUGUAAGAGUAAUGAAUGGGGUUAUCUGAUUGUGAAGUGUACAGAAUGCUCAAAUGCAGCCCAUCGGUACUGUUUGUAUGAAGUGUCCUUUGAUCCAAAUUUUAAGUGGUUGUGUGAGGAAUGUGUGGGUCAUAUUAAUAGAAUGGAAAAGCUUGACUCAUAUGGGAUGGUUCCCGAAAUCAAACGUGAAGUUGAAAUGACGGAUAAUCCGCCAUUUCAACUUCAUGUGAAGGAAGAAGCUGUUCAAAUGGAGGAUUUUCCGCCAUUU